CCUACAAAAUCAAAAUCAAGUAGCAGACAUAACACUUUUUUGGCUACACUGUCCGAAACUUGCUACCUCCAAAGUAAAAUACAAUAGCCUAGGCCUACAUAUCAGUAGACUAUUUCUGUAAAAUGCCAUUUUGACAGAAGCGUCUGCUCUACCAAAUUAAACUAGAAAUGUGAUUCAAACCACCAUAGAACACUGUAUCCUAGCCUAGGGCCUACUCUAGUUUAUGGUCUGCUCACACACCAGACAGAAAUGGGAAGUUAGACGACAGCAUUGUUCUCUAAAUGAUGUUGAACAAUUCUCCAUAUUGAGGAAGUAGCCUUGGCUAUAACUUCAGUGUCAGUCAGAACAUUGUGUUCACUAUUAUACCUGUGUAAGAAGUCAUUUCGCUUUCGGACAUCCAGUCGAAACGAUGGGGGAACAGUUUUGUAGUAAGCCUACUAUUAAAAACUGCGGAGACGAUGAAGGAUUUGAGAUGGGCCUACCUGUGCGUGAAAAACUUAAACAUUCCAUUAGGUCUACUGACACUUUGGAUUUAGUCUCACAGGCAGACUCUGGUGUUAUGCAUACGCCUCCGCCACAAGGCUAUGAUGCAGAGUUUGACCCUCCACUUGAGAAAAAAUAUGAAUGUCCUAUUUGCCUAAUGGCGCUCCGGACGGCGGUGCAAACUCCAUGUGGGCAUCGGUUCUGUCGUGGUUGCAUCGAGAGAUCAAUUCGGGAAGCAGGGUCAAAAUGUCCUAUAGACAAUGAGGUACUGACAUUGGACCAACUCUUCAGCGAUAACUUCGCCAAUCGAGAGAUUCUGUCGCUCACUGUGGCUUGCUGCAAUUCCGAAUGCCACCAGAAGAUGGAGCUCCGAUAUAUAGAAUCUCAUUUGGUCCAGUGCCAGUUCUCUACUGAGCCGUGCCCGCUGUGCCAGGCUGCACUGCUGAAGAACCAGCUGGACGAGCACACAGCCCAGCACUGCCCACGUCGCUCAGUCCCCUGCCCUGCCUGUAUGGAAAUGUACAUCUGGGAUGAGAAACAGCUCCAUGAAGGCCUGUGCCCUUUCGCCAGCGUGAUAUGCGAGUUCUGCAGCGGAGAGCUCAUUCGUGACCACGUGAGUCAGUGGAAUCAACAAGCUGUCACCUGCACUUUCAGUUCCUUUGGAUGUGAAGAAAAGAUGUCCCGCAGCUCCCUCGCCCAACACAUGCAGGAGUUCACCCACUUGCACUUAAGUUCCAUGGCUGCCUUUCUCAAGCGCCAGAACCUAUUUGGAGAGCCAUCCAUGGGUGCAGCUGCGAGGAGUUCUGCAGUCACAUCUGAAAUGGAUACCAGCUUGAAAAGCUCGGUGGACCACUUGGAGCUGCAACAAAUGCGGGAGACGGUGCAACAGCUGGACGGUCGCCUAGUGAGGCAGGUCCACCUGCUCCGCGAGCUGAGCAUCCAGGUCCACAGCCAGGCCACGCAGCUACAGGACCUGCACAAACACACGGCUGCUCUGGAGGACGCCGUGCAGGGGCUGAAGGCCGUGCCGUGCAAUGGUGCUUUCACAUGGCGUGUGAAAGGCUUUCAGGAGCACCUCGAGAACCACAGAGCCAACCGGCCCGUGGUCUUGUACAGUCCAGGCUUCUACACCGGCCGACCCGGUUACAGGCUCUGCCUAAGGCUGCAGCUGCAGCCGCCCACUGCCCCCCACAACCCCAGCUUCCUCUCUCUGUUUGUGCACACCAUGCGUGGGGCUUUUGACAACCAGGUGGCCUGGCCUCUCCAGGGCAAACUAAAGCUGACCAUCCUGGAUCCAAUGGAAGGUCUGCACAUGACUGAAGUCAUGGAGACCAAGCCAGACCUGCUUGCAUUUCAACGCCCCACUGCUGAGCGCAACCAGAAGGGCUUUGGUUAUGUCACUUUUGUGCACCUGAGCAAGCUGUCUAAGAGGUAUAUGGAAGACGAUAUCCUCCAGGUGCAUUGUGAGGCCACACUAAAACUUUAAGCUUAAGGGGAAAUUAAGCCAUUGUGGUUCACCUCAACAUUUAAAGAUGCUGUAAGUGAUUCUGGAUGACAUCACGUUUGUUGAUAUUUGAACCAAACACCACACAAAACACCAGGGAAAUGAGCUCACUUACUACACUACCUUACAAUUACUCUGAAACAGGUUUUUGUAUCAAUCUCUUGUUCAUUAAUAGUGCUUUAAAAUAACUUUUAGAGGUUCAAGCAACUACAAGUGAUAAUCGUAGAAAAUAUAGUCAUAUGUUGUCAAUGUUUUAAUAUUUUAACUAAGAACUGGAUUUUACCUAACAAAGAUUUUAAAUCUGGAAACAUUAUCAUCAUAAAUAAUAAUAAACAUCAAUGUUUGUGCUUACCGGUAGUCCUACCCAUGUAAGAAAAUUGAUUUUGCCUUGUUAUUAAAUUAGUCACAUUUAAAUGACUGCC